AUGGCUCCUAGACUGAAACCGACUAGACCACCUCCUACGUAUAGUGAGCUGUUUGGUAUUGAUGGUAUCGGGUCUUCUGGACCGUCAUCUUCUGAGCAUGUGCCGGAUUCUCAGGCGUUUAGAGCAAACAACCCCAUUAGCCGGAGUGUUUUAGACACGAUAAAGGGGUAUUUUUUCGAGCCUCAUCCGAACUGGAGUAUAACUCCAGACCAUGAGUGUUUGGACUCACUUGAGGAUUUAUUGGACAUUAUGGCGACCGGGAACCCGGUUAUGCAGAGAGCGCUAAAUGAAAGACGAGCGGAUCUCGGAAUGCAGAAACAUCCUCCGGAGUCAACCGGUCGACCCAGCCCGGAACUCACCCGCCCCGACAAGUACCUCCGCAACAACAUGCCGUAG